AUGGCCGCUGCAGCCAUUGCGACAUUUACACCCAAGCCAUUGGUAUAUCCCCCGGGGGGACCGUCCAACAUGGCCGAAUUUAGAGAGAUGUACCCAUAUGAAUCUUAUCCAAUUCCCCUAAACAGGACAGUGGUGACUAUCCGCCCCUCUGUCGAUGACCAGGAUGACAUCUCUCAGGAAUUUCUUGAGGGACUGAAAAAGGCUAACUUUGGCGGCACGGUGUACCUUCCGGCUGGCUAUACGUAUGUCAUCGCCCAACGACUUGACCUUACAUUCCUUGAAGAUGUUGAGGUCAAACUGGACGGGGUUCUGCAAUUCACAAACGACAUCGAGUUCUGGCAAAAGCCCGAGAAUCUGUGGCAAUACCCCUUUCAGGGCUCUGUUUCCUGGUGGAAGUGGGGCGGCAAGAAUGUCAAGCUGUACGGUCAAGGAACCAUUGAUGGACAGGGACAAAUCUGGUGGGACGAACUGAAUGGCCAAACCUACGACGAGUUUCCCAGGCCAAUAUUAUUCUACGCCACAAAUCUCAGCAACUUCCGAAUGGAGGGGAUUCUAUUGAAGGACUCGCCAGACUGGACGCAGCUUUACGUAUACUCGAACAACAUCGAAAUUGAAAACGUCCUGUGCGAUGCGACUUCAAACAACGACAGUAUCCAUCCGAGCAAUACCGACUUCUUUGACUCAAUCAAUGUCGAUGGAGUGCAUGUCAAGAAUGUUUGGUCCAACGAGGGCGACGUACCAGACUGUUUCUCACCGAAGACAAAUAGCACAAAUCUGCACGUCGAUACCAUGUAUUGCAAUGGUACACACGGCCAGUCCAUGGGAUCUAUCGGACAGUACGAGGGCGAAGUCAGCAUCAUUGAAAACGUUCUGAUUGAAAACGUGUGGUUAUUCAAUGGAGCCAACGGACCACGAAUGAAAUCAUGGGCCGGACCCCAGAUCGGCAGAGGAUAUAUCAACAACGUAACAUAUCGGAACAUCUGGUUGGCGAACAGCGACAUGGGGGCUCAGAUCGACUCCUGCUAUUUCGGCAUCAACGCUACUGAGUGCGCACAAUACCCCUCUCAGGUCAAUGUGACAAACAUUCUCAUGCACAACGUCACCGGAACAUUGAAUGGCCGGUAUGGAAGGGAAGUCGCGAUAUUCACGUGCUCUACCAAUCCUAGUGCCCAAUGCACGAAUAUCACGCUGGUCGACUGGGAGGUCGAAUAA